UUGAACACUAGUUCAUUUUCCUUUUGUUGGCAGCAGAAAAGAUGAAAGCUUGCCUGCUCUUAGCAUUCUUGUUUCUCUAUUCUUGCUUUCAAGCACCAGCGGCCUCCCAUGAGGCCGCAGGGCUGAGCCAUAACUUCUAUGGGAAGAGCUGCCCGUGCGCCGAGGACACUGUUAGGAGCAUAACUUGGGCUCAUGUCUCCAAGAAUUCAGCCUUGCCUGCUAAAUUCUUGAGAAUGCAGUUCCAUGACUGCUUUGUCAGGGGAUGUGAUGCAUCUAUACUCUUAAACUCUACUGCAAACAGCAAGGCUGAAAAGGAUGCAGCUCCAAACCUGUCCUUAUCUGGCUUUGAUGUUAUAGACGAGGUGAAAUCUAAGCUAGAAGAGACAUGCCCAGGCGUUGUUUCAUGUGCAGAUAUUAUUGCCUUAGCCGCAAGGGAUGCCGUUUCCUUCCAAUACAAGAAGCCAAUGUGGGACGUGCUAACAGGGCGAAGAGAUGGAAGAGUUUCACUUUUAUCCGAGGCAAAUGCAAACAUUCCCUCGCCCUUGUCAAAUUUCUCCACCCUGCUGCAAAACUUUUCUAGCAAAGGUUUAGGCCUUGAAGAUCUAGUGGUUCUAUCUGGAGCACACACCAUAGGGGUGGGCCACUGCAACCUGUUCAGCAAGAGGCUGUACAACUUCACAGGGAAGGGAGACGCGGACCCGUCGCUGGACCCGACCUACGCCGCCUUCCUGCGGAAGCAGUGCAAGGGCCCCUCCGACAACGCCACCGUCGUCGCCAUGGACCCUCUCACGCCUCUCUUCUUCGACAACCGCUACUUCGCCUCCGUCCAGCAGCACCGGGGACUCUUCCAGUCCGACGCCGCGCUGCUCACCGACGCCGAGUCCCAGAGGGUCGUGAAGGAGAUGCUGAAGGGACCCCACAAAUUCUUCGCCCACUUCGCCCACUCCAUCAAGAAGAUGGGCAGCGUCGGCGUGCUCACCGGGAACGCCGGCGAGAUCAGGAAGAAGUGCUACGUUGUCAACUCUUGAAAAUCUCGGGAGUUUUAUUCCUUCGAACGGGUUGAUUUAGCUUUUCGAGAGAGAUGUUUCUACCCAAAUGCGGAGAAAGAAUGCAAUCAACGUUAU